AUGACCAAACAAGAUCACCAGCAUCGACCUUUACGUUCCACUUCGACCUCACGACAUAAUCAUAUCAAAUCCAGCUCAAGUAUCGCUCCAUCUCAUUCCAGCAUACCAUUCAGAGGAUCGUUCGCCAACCUAUUCUCACUUCUAGGGCUGUCUAGUACAUUGAAGAGAUCGGAAGGCGACGAGGAUGACGAGGACGAGGAAGAUGUAACGGAUGGUGAGGUCGAUGAGGAUGGUGGAGAGCAGAGUGCAGGUGGUGGGAUAGAUGAAGAAUCACUUAUGUGGGAUGCUCAGACCGCGUUGAUAUCUCACCAUCCAGAACUAGCUAUCAAAAUUUACACUCAAGCUGCUCUACCGCCCUUCUGCUCAGCUUCCGCAUGUCUCGCAUUGGGUAACUUAUUGAUCAGAGGAUCGACACUGAUGGAGCAUGAGGAUCACGAUCUCCACAAUCAUUCUCACGGUCAGGUCCAACAUCGAAAUGGCCGUGAUCUUGAAAAUGAACGUGAGAAAGUGCAAGUUUUAGCCAGCCAUUCGACGAUAACAACAAGAAUCUACAGUAAAUUCUUCGGAUCCUCCUCCUCCUCCUUUUUUUCAUCCCAAGCGAAUAUCACCCUACGACCCACACCUCCCAGACGACCUACCUUGGAUCUAGUAGCUUCGGGGUGGCAGAUACCGAAGGAUGGGAAGAGGGCAGUGAGGGACGUCAGGUCGAUGGGAAUUGCUGGAGCGUGGUUUGUCUUAGGGUUGAGCUGGUUGGUACAGGAGGAAUCGGAAAGAGAGAAGAAGCAGGUGAAUAAGAGACAACAACAGCAGAUACCGCAAUCUGUCAAGAUCGUAUCCACAUUCACUUCGGAUGGAACAUUUCAUAAUGCCGAGCACGCCAGGGACAACUCGAUAGGUGAAGAAGAGGUUUUAUCGUUUGACCUUAAAGGCAAACUCAAGCACAGAAAUGAAGAUAGACUCAAUCGUCAAACGACAUCGGACACCAUCACUAAAGUCGAUCCCAGAGUUGAAAAUACAUUGUCAGAUUCGGUCGAUACCCUCUGUCCACCGAGAUUAAUCCCUAGUUCCAACUCUGGCCGGACCUCUGAGUCGACCGUCAUAAGAACUCCUGGUGAUGGUCUUGUAGAUGAUCCCUUCGAGCUUGAAAAUGAGGACGUUGAUAUCGAAAGUACAGCUAGGAGAUUGGAGGUUUUACAGACUAUGUACGACCUGCUGCAACCACUCUUGAAACUCUAUCGGCACGGUCACAUCCAACCUCAAGACCCUGUAUUCCUCCCACCUAUAUCCCUGCAGGCCCUUCCAAGUAUCUUACGACCGCGAAAUGAAACUGAAAAGGGAAGGAACGUAUGGAAAUUAGGUCACAUUGUGGCUUUCAAUAUAGCUCUAUUGGAUAUGAUGAAACGGGAAGAGAUGGAAUCGGGAGCAGAGAUGAAGGAAACACAAAGACUGAGAGGAAGUGUGGAUAUCAUCCUUAAUUAUAUCCUCGGUAUGACAUCUCACGAUUUGGAAGCUGAAAUUUACUUCAAGAAUGUCGUCUCUCACCAUCCGACGGGUUACGAAGUAGCCGACGAUCUCAUCAGACAAGCUGCUAAACGAUUGGAUAUCAUCACUUCCACACCUAAAGAUGAGAAUAUCAUGAUGAAAGGGUUUCCAUUCCCCGAUACUCAUCUUUCUCCCCCAAAUAAUUCAUCAUCAUCAUCAUCUCGUCAGAAAAGAUCUCCUCGAAAACCAUCUUUGACCACUCAUGGACGUAAACCAUCCGCAUCAUCCAUCACUUCCCUAUCAGCUUCCAGAAUACUCUCUACUCCUAUCAAAUCUUCAGCUUCGGUAGCUUCCUUAAGCUCAAUCACGGAUGAGAAUUAUCAACCUGUCACUGUGAGAUUGAGCGAAAGAGACAGAGAUGAAGAUGAAGAUGCCAUGUCGACAUUACGAAGAGUGCAUGCCAAGUCGAUGGCUGACCUGACCGAAGCAUUCGCACAACAAGAAGAACAUGAAGAAGAAUCAGCAAGAUAUCCGUCACUUGAUGGAUGGAAAUUAUCACCUCCUAUCGAAAAUGAUAGAUACACUUCAUCUCUAUCACACCCGAAUUCAUCCGCUUGUGGCAUUUCUCAACAAUCCCCACGGACCAUAAUUCCUAAUCAACACUAUCAAGGUGUAUCACCUGCCAAUAUCAACACCUUACGUCCGGUAGCUUCAUCACCGCAAUUCGGGACCUUGCGUGCUACUACCAAGGGUGAUAGCUCGUCUAGACGUAAAUUACCAUUCGAACCUUCUUCCAUACCAGAACAUCAGAUCAACCCUAUCGAUCCUGAACUAGCCAAAGCGGAAUUAUCCAGCGCUCUCACUAAACAUGUCAUAUGUGGGGUAUGUGAGAUGCAAGGUGUGAAUUUCCCGGAAUGUAGGAGGUGCGGAUUGACGUUUUGUUCGAGGGAAUGUAGAGUUGGGGAAGAUAAGGCUGGAAAUGGGAAAAAACACAUAUGCGGUUUAUGGGAAUCUAGGAAAUUGUCAUCUGACCCAGAUGGCACAAACUCGUUAAUUGGCAAUAGUGAUACAAGGCAAUCAAAGACCCUACUCCCAGUAAGAGCGGCAAGGGUACAUUAG